UUGCUCGACGCCCACCGCCCUAACCAGAGGGCGAAGGCCAUAAAAAUCUUUUCGUGCGAACGAAGUCAGGAUUGAAACGCUUUAGGCCCCUAAGAGAAAGGGAGAACAAUGGCGGCAUCGGCGAUGGCGUUAGAUCCGAAACCCGUUUCCGAGCCUCCACCGUCAUUUUCGCUUACGAAACACGAUCCACAUGGCGGCGACCAGUCGUCGAUGGCCUCCGACGAGGACGACCUCUACGGACGCCUCAAAUCGCUGCAGCGCCAACUGGAGUUCAUCGACAUUCAGGAGGAGUACGUGAAGGACGAGCUGAAGAACCUGAAGCGCGAGCUGCUCCGAGCGCAGGAGGAAGUGAAGAGGAUCCAGUCCGUGCCACUCGUGAUUGGCCAGUUCAUGGAGAUGGUUGAUCAGAACAACGGCAUCGUGGGAUCCACCACCGGCUCCAAUUACUAUGUUCGCAUCCUCAGCACGCUUAAUCGCGAGCUCUUGAAACCUUCCGCGUCCGUGGCUUUGCAUCGCCACUCCAACGCUCUCGUCGACGUGUUGCCCCCGGAGGCCGACUCCAGCAUCUCCCUGUUGAGCCAAUCGGAGAAGCCUGAUGUUACUUAUAAUGACAUUGGAGGAUGUGAUAUUCAAAAACAGGAGAUCCGUGAAGCUGUUGAAUUACCUUUGACACACCAUGAACUAUACAAGCAGAUUGGUAUUGAUCCACCACGGGGCGUGUUGCUGUAUGGUCCACCUGGUACAGGUAAAACCAUGCUUGCCAAGGCUGUUGCUAAUCACACUACAGCAGCCUUCAUAAGAGUGGUUGGUUCAGAGUUUGUUCAGAAGUACUUGGGUGAGGGUCCUCGAAUGGUCCGUGAUGUUUUUCGUCUUGCCAAAGAGAAUGCUCCUGCAAUUAUUUUUAUUGAUGAGGUAGAUGCUAUUGCAACUGCUAGAUUUGAUGCCCAAACUGGAGCUGACAGAGAAGUUCAACGAAUCCUUAUGGAGCUACUAAAUCAGAUGGAUGGGUUCGAUCAAACAGUAAAUGUGAAGGUUAUAAUGGCAACUAACCGUGCAGACACCUUGGAUCCAGCACUUCUGCGCCCUGGAAGGCUUGAUCGAAAGAUUGAAUUCCCAUUGCCUGAUAGACGACAAAAGAGGCUUGUGUUUCAGGUUUGCACUGCUAAGAUGAACUUGGGUGAUGAAGUUGACUUGGAGGAUUAUGUCUCUCGGCCUGAUAAGAUUAGCGCAGCUGAGAUAACAGCCAUAUGCCAAGAGGCAGGAAUGCAUGCGGUACGAAAAAACCGGUAUGUUAUACUCCCAAAGGAUUUUGAGAAGGGUUAUCGAACCAACGUGAAGAAGCCGGAUACUGAUUUUGAAUUUUACAAGUGAGAUCGAUCAUAGGGGGGAGGAGACGUAUAUGUAACUAACUAAAGAAGAGCGAUGGCAAUCUCUUCUUCUUGUGUCCAAAUGAUUUUCUUUUGUUCGUUUGUUUGUUAGUGUUAUUUGAUUGGAUUUGGGAUUGAGUUGUGGUUACUUUUUUUACACUACCACUAAAACAUCUUUUUAAGGUUUGCAUCCCCAAGUUACUA